UAUAAAAAUGGUACUCGGCCAUAUCGCUUAAAGCUUAACUUUAAACCUCAUCGGUCCAGACAGCAUAUUGUUGUGAGUAAUUCAUUAAAGUGAGAAGGGACAUGAGGAUAUUGCUUUAGAGCAGUUCAUAUAGCAGUAGCAGGACAUCCUCUUGGCUUAAUGCUUAAAAGAUUUUGCUCAGAUUAAUAUUGCUGACUAGGAAAUCCUCCUAAGUUUACUGAGUCAUACUCAAUACUCUAAAAUUAUCUCAUAGCUUUCUUAAAUUUUAAUGUUUGCUUUACUAGUUCUCUAAAUUUUAAUAGUUUCUCAAUAGGCUGAUCCUCAAAGCAGUUGUCCCAGUGUUCGUGAUCGCUUACUACAUAAUUUUGGAACGAUAUAAAGACACAGAAUUGAUGACAGAUGACUCCAUUCUUUACUUUGUCCAACUAGUAGUCUUCUUGCACUUCUACUCGAGGAUCAUUCGUAGUGCUUUUGAAGUAUGAAAGAAGACUCAGGGUGCAAUCUAGUUCUAUCUUCCCCUCCUUGCUAUUUUCUUCAUCUUUAAAAUUGUUUGGAUAUUUACCUUUGCAGUCCAAAUAGAUAGAACAAUCUACUGGAGAAGAUACAUCUUCGAAAUCAUCUAUGUUGCCAUGCAAAUCAUCAACGGAACUAUUUUAGGAGAGAUGUCACAAGAUUUUUGGUAUUUCAUAGCGGAUUGUCUUAUUGAUACGCAAGUUUAUACAAUCUUCUUCAGAGACGAGCUAAACUACUCUGUGUUCAAUUCCUUCACUCCUAUUUUAUUGGCAAUCCUCACGUUUUUGUUAGUGAAAGGACUCUUGAUUAAUCAUAAGUUUAAAGAUCAACUAUGAAUGGUUAAGACUAUUUGAAAGCACGAUGCUAUAUACUUGAUCUUAGUCUAUGCUCUGGUUAGUUUCCUUGCUUAUACUAUUGAUUUCUUUGCGAACACAUACUGGGCAGCUCUAGGAUUUAUUUAUGUGCUCCAUAACAUCAUCAUAUUCCCCUCUCUAAUGGAGUCAAAAUUGAUUAUUCCUUUAAUCACAAGUAAGAUUUUCAUGGGUCUUGUAGCUCUCUUACAACUCCACAUUAUGAACCACAGCCCUAAUCCUUAUCCAAGAGACUUAACAAUCCACAAAGAUCUGAGCACUAAUGCUCCAAAUGGGCACAACCUCCUCUCUCUCAUCACAAACGCUAUCCAAUGCCAAGUCACCUCCUAGCCUGCUAUAAUCCCAAUUAACCAAAAAAAUUUCAAUA